AUGUCAACGGCGCCGUGGUCAGAGCUCCCCUACGACCUCCUCGGCAUGCUCCGCCUCAGGAUCGCCUCCCCUCGUGACCGUGUGCGCUUCGCAGCCGUCUGCAAGCCGUGGCGUGCCGCCGCGCUGCUGCUCCCGGCGCCGCCUGCCGCCCCACUGCUGCUCCUCUCGCCGCGCGGCCGCAGCGGGAUGAAGCACUUGUGCGGCCCCAACGACAGCUGGGUCUUGCGCGUCCCGAAGAAGGCUCUCUACAAGCAGUUCCUCGGCUCCCACGACGGCGGAUGGGUAGCUGCGGUGAAUUACGACGGGCUAAUGAUCGUCAACCUCUUCUCCGGCGCCGAGGUUGUGCUCUCCGCAGACCAAACCACCAAGCUCGCCUCGAUCUGCUCUCCCAAGCCGUUGCCGUUCCACUGCGUGGGACACAGCAUCUGGAAGAUUGUCUUCUCCGGAGACCCCGCCUCCUCGGACGGCUGCACCCUCGCCGUCCUCAUGGGCGACCAGGCCCACGUCGCGGUGUGCAGAGUCGGCUGCCCGAACGGCGAAUGGGCCGUGCAGGCUUGGCACGGGGAGUCUAUCCAGGACAUCGCCUUCUGCAACGGCGAUCUCUACGGCCUCACGCUUGGCAGCGAGUCACUGAUCAAGUUUGAGAUCAGCAUGAAGCUGCAGGAACAAGAAGACGGCGGCAUGGCGCCGGUGCUCACGACCAUGGCUCACAAGCUGGCCAUCCAAAGGCGUGACGUUCCCACCUGGGAGCACGAUUUCAGGGCCUACUUCGCCUACAUUUUCGAGCUGCACGGCGAGCCGGCGAUGGCGGUGCGGACCCGGUGGCCGGCCAACCGUGAGCCUAUCUUCAGGGUGUUUAAGCUCUCCGCUGCUGCCGACGGCGUGUCUGAGCACAGGUGGGCAGAGGUGACGAGCUUGGGCGACUAUGCCUUGUUCUUGGGGGUGGCAUGGUCCAAGGCAGUGCAUCUGCCGAUGGAUGCCGGCCGGUGCGUUGCUCGUGAAGGCCUGGAGAGAAACCACAUCUACUACUCCACGCCUACCCGCUCCGAGGAAGACAAGUUGCCCGGCGACCAAGUGUACUCUGUGACAUCAGAAGACGGGCACCGUAUGUAUUGCAGGAAAGACCAGAGCGUGGGCGAUAGCGUUGGGAGAACAGGAUACCACAUGAUGGGUUGGCAUUAUUCUGCCAUGUGGCUACUCCCUCCAGACUUCUAG